AUGGCUACUGGAACUUAUUACAACUCUUCUCCUCGAAAUCUUAUAAUAGAAAAUAUGAAUUUUAAUCCACAACAAUCAUUCAAACAUAGUGGAGCUAGAAUUCAGGAUCGGAACACAAUUCGAAUAAUAAAUUUCAAUGAAUUACCUGAAAUACCAUUAAAAAGAACACAACGACGAACAACUUGUGGUUUCGGAUUUUGGUGCUGUAAUUGCUGUGAUUUUAUAAAGGUUAUUGGUUUAAUUUUUCUAGUUUUGAUAACAGUUGGUAUUUUGGUUGCUGUUAUUUUAACAACCCUUAACACUUCAGCAACAAAUUCUACAACAGUAUAUUCCGUCACUGUUCCAAAAUAUUUAUGUAUCUAUUAUGGCUAUCCAUCAUUGGUAGAUGGAAGUAAUUGGAAUGUACAAAAUGCCACUGCUCAGUUUCAACAAUUUGAUCUAAUUGUAUUUGGUGACAAGAUAUGGAAUUCGAGUCAUGGUGAUCAUGUAAAUACGCAAACGAUAAUUGGAAAUUUAAAUCAAUUAGGUAAAUCAUCUUAUGGCUAUAUUGACUUAGGGGUGACAACACAAAACUUAACGAUAGCUCAAAUGCAAGUAGCUGUUCAAAAUUGGUCAGCAAUGGGUGUUAAAGGCAUAUUCUGGGAUGAUGCUGGUUAUGAUUUUAAUGUCUCACGUUCAAGACAAGCGACAAUGUUCUCGUAUUGUCAUUCAUUAAAUUUAAAUGUAAUGGUAAAUGCAUGGAAUGUAGAUGAUGUUCUAUCUGGAUCAAAUGUACAAUUAACAUCAAGUGACAUUUAUAUUCUUGAAUCGUAUUUGAUAUCCAACGGAGUAUAUCAGUCAUUAUCAGCCUGGAAAACUAAAGCCGAUAAGUGUUUACAAUAUAAACAACAAUUAGGUAUUCAAAUUGCUUGCUUAUCAACCGGUACUACAUCAAUCAGUUCAACAUUUGGCACAACAGCACAAUUUAGUCAAGCAUGGUUUGGUACAGCGAUGUACAAUUUUGAUUAUUUCCAAGCAACCGAUAUUUUCUAUAGUUCAUCAAAUAAUCAAUUAUAUUUUUUUGCUAAUCUAAGAUCAUCCUACGGUACACAAUGGCAAACGUCAUACGUUUUAAAUACUUCAUCGACACAUUAUUAUCGAUCAACAAACUUAUUUACACUCGAUCUUUACGGUGAUGGCUCCACAUACGGUUAUGGUAACUUCAGCUCAGCACAAUCAGGAUAA